AUGACCCUGGCUAUCCAAGAAACUCAGAAAGACGAUGCCCAACCUGAUGGCUCUGCUGACAAGAGCGAGCUACCUAUUCAGCAAAGUAGCGCUUCGGAGCCCUCACUCGGAAGUGCUGGCCAGGAUGCAGAAGGGGAUGCUGAACUCGAACAACAUUCGACUUGUACCUCGUCGGCGAGAAAACGACUGGCCAAUGAAACCUCGCCUCUACCUAGACCGAAGCACAAGCGCAAGAAACGGCAUUGCCGUGACGCCGAGGACGACAUGAUGCAGUCGGCUGCGGCUGCGGAGCUGGGCGCAAUGGGGGAACAAAUGACAACUGAAGUGAACCAGGAGUUUGACGCCGAUCGUAGCACGGAUACAGCAACCCAGACUGGUUCCAAAAGAACUCUUGAUGCGGUGGUUGCUCGUCUCAGGCUUAUUGCAGCAGAGACACCUGUUCCUUGGACUGACGAGGAGGACGCAGCACUGAUGACCGCAUGCGAGGGCUUUCAUAAAACGCGGCCGAUGACUGAGGCUUUCAAGUCGGCGACCGAGACAAAGCGGACCGAUAAGGACAUUAUCCAGAGAAUUGAAUACCUCAACCUCAAUCUGGGUCACGGGCCUAACCCCGAAUGCGAAAAUCACUCCUCUUCGUCUUUCCAAGGCUCACAGAAACGUUGGACUUCUAAGGAAGACGAAUUUCUUGAGACCCUCCAGGAUGGAUACAACGACGAGAGCAGGUAUCGGGCUAGGAUGAAAGAGUUUGGCCCUACUAGGACUCUGACGAGUCUGAAAACUAGACUUGUUCGUCUGUCUAAAAAUCCCCGCGGGAAGCUCUAUAAAUGGACACUGGAUAAAGACAAUUACCUGCGCUCCUAUCCUGACCUGAGCAAAAGAGGGAAGCUCGCCAAGAAGCUCGCCCUGACGUGUGAAGAAGCAUUCGGACAUGCGCGGACUGCAAGUGCCAUCCAGCAUAGGCUGUACCCUCUAACAGACGCGUCGGAAAGCGCGGAGCGAUGCAGCACGUGGUCCCCAUCGGAAGACGCUUGGUUACUCACAGUGACAAAUGAGAAAGUAGCAGAUGAGGGCUGGCAAUCAGUCCACAUAGCGUUUGUGGAUAAGUUUGGUAUGGGUCGAACCGCAAAUGCGCUUCGUGCUCGACGGGUACAUCUACGACAAGCCGGGGCCGGGGCCAAAGCCGAGACCAGCGGCUCGUUAGAUGAGGAGAUAGAGGAACGCGAGAAUGCUGUGUGA